UCAGCAGCUACUCAAACAAAAAUAUUUCACUUAUUCAUCUGUUUUUAUCAACACUUGUUCCAUUCUUAGCUUUUGUCGAACCAAAUUUUGGAAGAUGGCCAAGAGAAAUGUUGCUGCUAAUUCUUCUUUUGAAAGAACUAGCUUGGCUUCCCUGGAUCAAAAGUUGGCCUUGGCCAAGCGCUGUUCUCACGAGGGUGUGAUGGCAGGAGCCAAGGCAGCUGUUGUUGCUACUAUUGCCAGUGCAAUCCCAACUCUGGCUAGUGUGAAGAUGCUACCUUGGGCAAAAGCAAAUCUCAAUCACAGUGCUCAAGCUCUCAUAAUUUCCACAGUGGCUGGAGCAGCAUAUUUCAUCGUAGCAGACAAGACCGUUUUGGCAACCGCAAGAAAGAACUCCUUCAACCCACCCUCUAACCCAUGAAUUCCAAUUCACAACUUGGUUGUUGAAUUCAGCUGCACUACUUUAAUCGGGCUAUCGUAGCAUUAACCGAUCAUCCAACUCAUCACAUAUGUAUAUGUAUUCAGAAAUUAUAUAUAAUAAAGAAGGAUUCGCAUUACAGUGAGAGAGCACUUAUGUACCAAACAUCAGUUAAUUAUUAAAAAUGCAAAUCAUUUGCCUUUCUUUU